AUGAGUUUGCUGCGCUUCAUCAGCGACACAAAGCAGCAGCAGCAGCAGCAGCAGCAGCAGCAGCAGCAGCAGGUGUCGUCAGGCAAGGAAACAGGAACACGCAGAAAGCUACGAACUGACACAAGCAUGGGGCUGCAUGCAACAACCCACUCAAUGCAUGCAGAGAGAGCCAGGAGCUGCAGCAGCAGCAGCAGCAGCAGCAGCAGCAGCAGCAGCAGCAACGACCCUAUAGAGGAGACAGAAGCAGAUCAGCUUCAUACGCACGUCUAUGGAGACUCUGCGCUGCAUCCAAUCCAACAGCUGCAAGAAAGCGUUUUGAAUUUACCUGAACAAAACAAACAAACCAAGGAAUGCCUCAUGACAGAACAACUGCAGCUGCUCGGAGUGAGGUGGAAGUGCCUGCUGAUGAGUGGCUGGAAUAUCCUCGUUGCGGGUUGCGGCAGCAAAGGACGUUUGCUGCGCGAGUUCGCCUCAACCUUUCUCAGCGAUGGUUUCUGCUGCAUGCUUAACGCCUAUCAACGCGAGUUCAAACUGCACCAGGCGCUGCAGGCUGCCGUGCAGGUUGUGCGUAACCACCUACGCACGCAUACGAAUUACUCUGUAGCAACAGCUGCUGCUGCUGCUGCUGCUGCUGCUGCUGCUGCUGCACAACCUGCAGGCGGCAGCAACGCUUCCUGCGAGAGACUCGUUAAAGAGCUGAAGGCGCUGUUGAGUUUUUCUUAUUCUCCUUUUUAUAUAAUAAUAAUUGGCUUCGAUAGUGCAGCUCUAACAGACUCACGGCGGCACCUGGCGGCUCUUGCAUCGUAUGAAAAAGUCCGCCUGAUAUGCAGCGCUGACCAUCUGCUGCAUGCAGUACUUUUGGAUGCCGCUGAGUUGCGAGAUUUUCGUUUUGUGUUUGAGACGGCUCACACGCGUCUAGACUAUAGCCGCGUGCAAGACGGCAGCGGCGGCAGCAACAGCGUAAACUUUGAGGUUGUUAUGCGGGGCCUCACAACAAACCACAAACGUCUUCUUCGCUGCAUUGCAGAGAUGCAGCUCGCACAGAUCGAGAGAAACGAGUCACCCAUAGUAAGCCUCUCGGACCUCGGGACGGAGGCAAGUGGAAUUUCGCUUUCUGUGAGCAAACUGAAACUGAAGGAGCUGCUGGUGGAGGUCACCAGCCAUGGGGCUGCAGUGCAGACGAGAAAGAACGGCCAGGAAGCUGUUGCUAUUCGAGCGAACAAAGCACAACUCAAGGAGCUCUUGCAGCUGCUAGAGAAAGCCGGAAUAUGA